AUGGUUCACCGGAGGUUCAGCAGGCAGCCGUGGAUGCACUCAAGUCCAUCGCCGCUGUGUGAGUAUGCGAUGGGGUAUUCCUCUCCCUGGCUGUUUCUGACGCAGCUUGAGUCGACUCAAAGUACACCGGAUGGCCCACCAGAGGUUCAGCAGGCAGCCGUGGAUGCACUCAAGUUCAUCGCCGCUAGCACGAGCCUGUGGUGGUCGGUGCCUCAGCUGCCGCAGCACCACAAGACCAACCUCUUCUCCGUCAUCGCAGCCUCUAUCACCUCCCUCACUCGCCAGCAACACUCCGCUGCUGUUGCUGCCGCUGCUGCAGCAGGGGGAUACUCAGCAGCAGGAGCAGCAGGGGCAGGAGGAGCACCAUGGGGGACGGUAGCAGCGGCGGGUGGGGUGUCAGCAGCGGAAGGUGCAGGAGUGGGGAUGGGUUCAGAUGGGGGGGGAGGGGUGUCGGAUCACACGAUGCUGGUGCAGAGCAUCAAGUUGGCACUGGCAGAGAUGCAGGUGGCAGGCCGAUCAGGCACUGGCAGCGCCCAGAGCGUCAAGCUGGAAAUGGCAGAGAUGCAAUUGGCAGGCCUAUCAGGUACAGGUAUCGCCGAGGACAUUGGUUCACCACUGAACGUGGCUGUCGCAUCUGUCAUUACGGCUGUAGCAGCUGCUUCAACUUCCCUGGCUCUGGACGAGGUGUUCUGUGUGCCACAGCCACCACUGCAUCUCAUUGCCGAUGCCUUCGGCCAGAUGGCAAAGAAUAGACCUGCUGUGUUCCGAGCCAUGUGGCCGAAUGUGUUGAGGAAGAUCGUCCCACAGUUGCUGAGUGUCACUGAGACCACCAAGCACGUCUUUGCUGAUGGUGAGAAUAAGUUGCAAUCGUCCACUGGUGCCGGGCAUUCACCCACGGGCAAGGCAUGGGAUAGUUUGAAUCAUCUCCCUCCCUUCAUUCCCCCUCCUCGCCCCCAUGUCACCUACCUACCACCGUCCAGCAAUCGCCCACUGGUGCCGGGCAUUCACCCACGGGCAAGGCAUGGCUGUGGUGCUGGCGCUGCAGGAGAGUCGAAGCAGGGAGGCGAGAGGGGAUCAGGAGGGUGGAGCACCCGUCCUUCCAUUCCUCUGCAUCGCCCUGUCUGUCCCUCCCCUCCCAGUGCUCUCCUCCAGUCCGCGUUCGACCUUUUCUUGCAGCGAUGGCUCCUCUCUUCCUCCUCACCUGCCCGGCUGUCGACAGCCAAGGCCAUGGCGGAGAUGGCGUUUCUGCUGCAGGAGAGCUAUCUGCGCUCCACCGUCAGCGCUCUGCUGCCUGCCCUUCGCUCCCUGUAUGGCAAGGAGCCAGAGGAGUAUCAGCACGUGCUGCUCCCCACGCUGGAGUUCCUCCUCGCCUUGAUAGGCCACUACACCAGCCGGCUUAGCUCCAAUGCAGCUGAUAUCCGCAUUACCAUCACUGGACUCAACACAGCCAUGCGGUGCGCAAUGACCAUCACAGAGGCCUUUCCCCAACAUGCAAGUGCCUUUGCCAUCCAGAGGGCGGCUCACAGAGGAGUAGAUGUGCGGAUCAGGCAGGGUGCGCUGGUUUUACUGCGCCGCAUUGUGACCAGGUGUGUGUGUAUCGGGUUGUCUCGUGUCGUGUCUCGUGUCGUGUCUCGUGUCGUGUCUCGUGUCGUGUCUCGUGUCGUGUCUCGUGUCACCAUGCCACAAGUGUGGGCGGGCAAUGAGGAGCAGUUCUGCCAGGGAGCAAUCUACAUCGUCCAAUCAGAAGAGACAAUGGAGAGCGCGCAGGACACGUCAGCACAGGAUAUUUUCGCUCUGGGGUGGGUUCAGGGACGUUCAUCCCUGAUCCACCCGUCCUUAGGCCUCCCCUCUAGCGAUCCCUCCAGCCCUCCAGGGGUUUCUGCUAGCCCUAGAGGCGGAGAGUGGGGGGGAUUGAGGGAAACAGGAGAAGGAGCAGGAGGAGCAGCCGUGGGGUCGAGCAGUGGUGGAGGAGGGAUGGGCGGAGGGGCAGGGGGAGGAGAAGGAGGAUCAACGGUGGGGGGAGGAGGGUCAGGAGCAGAAGCAGGAGGGGUGUCGCCGAUAGAAGCGGUGCUGCUGCGGCCAGUGGGAGAGGUGGAGGUGGAGUGGAGCUCUGCGUGUGCUUCCCUGCUGGGCGCUGCCGUGCUUGUGCCCCGGAAUACACCGUGUGACGAGACUCGCAAGGAAAUCGUGCAGCUCAUCCUGGCAAUGGCAGCCACCAAUCAGCUGCUGCCAGCUCACCCAGUCCCCGCCUACCACCUCCUCUUCUUCCUCAUCUCCCAAGCCGGUCGCUCCUUCCGCCCCUCCCCCUCCUCCUCUCACCCCUCCUCCUCCACUCACUCCUCUCUCACUUCAGCCACUGACGCCACCAGCACUAGUGCCAGCAGCAGUGGUGGUAGCGGGGCGGCGAGGGAGGCAAGGAGGAGGGCGGCAGGAGGGGGAGGGGAGGAGGAUCCGCUGUAUCACGUGUGCAGCAAGGGACUGAGCAUCCUUGCCAAUACCGUGCAUACCAUGGAUGUCCUGCAAUGCUUAUCAACAAUCAUUUCUCGAAAGUCAGCCUCUGCUGCCCCUGAAGCGGGGGACGAACCUGGGACUGGAGUGUCAGCCAGUGGAACAGGCGGGGCCGAGGGGACGACCAGUGGCUAUGGGAGGGAGGGAGGGAGUAAUGGAGGGGAUGCAGGUGGUGGUACAGUGGGUGCAGCCGAAAAGGUGGAGAGUGCAGAGAGGGAGAUCCGAGGGCUCUCCCAGUUCAAGUUGCCGCCUCUGGAGGAGCUUCUACCGCGGUUGCUUGUUUUGCUUGGAAGUGACAAAACACUCACCGAUUCACCGAGGAGGAUGAGAAUCUUGCAGGUCCUUGAGUUUGUUCGCCAGAGCACUCUGCCUUCUGCCUUUGAGUCGCUCGCUCUCGACAUCGAGCACAUGACGCACUUAGCAGAGCGCCUUGGGAGAAAACAGUCUCUGGAGCGCAGAAGAGCUGUUUGGCAGGACGCCACCAUGAAGAUGCUGAAGAGAGCAAUCGACGCGGUGAACCAUGCCGACUGGACUGCGCGGGUGUGUGACAGCUUUGCUGCCUUCUACUUGUGGCCGUGCACGGAUGCAAGUCAACACAUCCUGCUGCACCGGUGCAUGGGGGCGCUUGUCCAGCGGGCGGCAGACUCCGUCUUCAUUCAGCGCCGGGUGGCGCUCAUGUUUGACUCUGCCGCCCUCUCUGACCCCCUCGACCGGCACGCCCUUGCCAUGGGGCUUGGCACACAAGUCCGGAACCUUCUCUCUGUCUCCAACCUGCAGCCUGCAGCAGUGUGUUGCCUUCUCUCUGCUCACUCAACUCCCACUAUGUCCUGUCCCAUGUUUCCUCUCUCUCUGCAGGUGGCGGCAGUGCAUCUCGAUGUGGUCAUAUACCAGUUUGUCAAAACCCUCGGUAAUCAAUCGGCCAUCUUCAUCCCCAAAACCUCCUCCUCUUCCUCUUCCGCCUCCUCCUCCGCUUCCUCGGCCUCGAAGCUCGCUCUCCCGCCUCUCGAGCGCCUAUUCAAGAAGGAGACUGCCACGUCAGCAGCUGCUGACUUCCUCCGGGACCCGCUGAUGCAUGAUGACGUGUGCGCUGCGCUGGCGCUGACGUAUCGGUACACGGUGGCCUUCUCGGAAGCUUCCGUGGUGGAUUCGCGAAUCAGGACACUGUUGGAUGCAAACGUGCUUGCCCAAUUGGCUGCAAUGACGUCCUUCCCUGCCAAGCUGGCCGUGGAUGCGAACGUGUUUGCUCCCUUAGCUGCAGUGGCGGCCCUCCCAGCCAAGGCAGCUGUGGUUCAAUCCAUCCUCACACUCGCCUCUGCUGCUCUCACUGCUCCUCCAUCUGCUCUCACCACCCCUCCACCGCCCCAUUCAACUGUUCGCAAGAGCGUGCAGGUGAGCAAGCAUAGUGUGGUGCAGGUGAGAAGUAGGCACUUGGCAGUAAGAGGGGGAGGGGCAUACGUGUUAGGGGAAGAGGAGGUGCGGCUUCAGAUGGCGUGUGUGCAGGCGUGCACGGCUUUGAUUCGCUCUCAUCCACAGCUCACUUCCGCUGUUCGCAAGAGUGUGCAGGCGGUCACUCCACUGCUGUGCAUUGACGACUCACCAUUGGCUGGUCGUGUGAAAGGAGAGAGGGGACUGGGGAGAGGAAGAGGAGAAGGGGGGAUUGGUACAGUGGAUGUGGAGGGAGGGGGCGGAGGAGAGGGUAGGGAGGAGCGAGAGGGGUCGAGCACAAGUAGUUCGGACAGUGAGAGUGGCUCUGACGAGGAUGAAGAGAAAGUGAGGAGGAAUGAAAAGGAGGAGAAGAGGAGGGUGAGGAGGACUGGUGGGAGAGAGAGGAGGGGCCAGCGGAAGCAGCUUGGCCCAUUGGCAGUUAGUGUCAUCUCUCUACUGUGUAGCGUGCUACAGAUGAGCAACGUGGAUAGCAAGGAGGAGGAGGAGCAGUUACAAAUCAUGCUCUCCCUCCUCCGCCCCCUCCUCUCCCUCCUCCUCCCACCCUCUCCUCCUCCCCAACCCUCCUCCCACCUACCCGCUGCCCUCAACCCCACCACUCUCCUAUCAUCCGCCUUCCCUUCCAACACCACUCCACCCAGUAGCACCCAUCCCAACCCAGCAGCACCACUUCAAACCCAAGCAGGUAGCAAGCCUGGGAGUAAGCCCAGCAGCAAACCUACCAGCAAGCCUAGCAGCCAGCCAGGGAGCCCUGGCCCUCGGGCAAGAGGGAAAUCAAACCUGGGGGAUGCAGCAGGAGGAGGGGAGAGAGGAGGGGGAGAGGAGGGAGAAGGGGGAGCAGGGGAACGGGAGAGAGAAACUGGAGAGGCGGAAGCAGCAUCAGCAGUGGAGGUAGUUGCAUCGGCGCAGCAGCGGGUGCUGACAGCGUACCUGGCAGUGUGUGCCCAGUUCCAUUCUCUGGCACUAGGAGAUGAGGGGCUGCUGGGUUGUUGUAAGGAACAAGUUUGCGGCUUUCUUGAAGCUAGCAGUGGUGGAGUGCGGUACACGGAAAUGCAGCAAGCUCACACCCCCCCAUCACGCCCCUCGCUCAAUCUCGGGCAUCACGUGGCCGUCGUUCUGCCCUUCUGUGCCAAUGUUUUCUGCACAUCUGUCAAUCUGUCAUUCUGCCAAUCUGUCAUUCUGCCAUUGCACCAGUCUGCCAACUUUGCCAUCCUGCCACCCCCCAUCCCCUCAUCCCACCAGGUGGUUCUGCUGCUGCUGACCACAGCUGUCGCCCUCUCCUCUCCACCUGAGGCCUCCUGCGUUUCUCCUGACAACCCACCUGAGGUUUCAUCACAAUCAGCCCAUUCCCCCCCAGCCUCUCCCUCCUCCUCUCUGCCUGUCUCCACUCACCCGGCCACCCACCAAUUAGACGAAACCACCGAAACCAGCAGUCAGCAGGAAGCGCAACCAGCAGCAGCAGCUGCUGGCCCCAGAGCUUCUUCUGAGUCUCCUUCCUCCCAUCCCUCCUCUCAACCGACUCACUCCUCCCUCCUUGCUGCUCUGGAAGCGAAGGUCUCUGCAGUGUCGCAUCAGGUGGGGAAGCUUAUAGUGGGGAUGGGUUGGGCGGUACUACGUGGCUCGUCACAGGGGGAGAUGGUGGAGGGGUCGUCGGAGGAACAACGGGCGGUGCUUUUCGCCGCUGCUGUGGAGUGCGUUGCACAUGUGCUGACAGCUGAUGAGGUGGCAGGCAGUGCUCCUCCUAGCAGCAGACGCGUUCCUUCACAUCUCCUGCGCCAGCCACUGCCACUAGCUACCCAUCAAUUUACAUCACUUCCCUUCAUAAUCCCUUCUCCUUGUCACCAGGUGGCAGUCCUACUCCUAGCAGCAGACGCGUUUCUCCACAUUACUUGUGCCGGCCACUCCCCCUCCACCACCACAAGCACAAACCAGGGCAGCCAAGCACAUGAGGACAGGGACAGAGGGUCUGUGCACUUGCAGGGCGCAGCAGCAGCGGAGUGUGAGUACGUGGGGAGUGUGGUGAGCCGGUGCAUGGAAGCCGUGCUUCGAAUCAUCUCCCUCAGAGGCCACCAGGUGCAGCAGCAGGGGGAAUCCGAGGCUGAGGAGGGUUCAGUGCAACCUGCACAUGGGUCGAAGCAGCCGCUGCAGCAGGAGCGGGAGGAUUUGGAGCAGCAGGGCAGGGCAGGGAGGAUCAUUGAGCGAGUUGUUGCAGCGUCGCUUGGUUGUCACUACAACUCUGCCCGGCUGCCUGCCUUUGCUGCGGUCUGCUCUCUGGCUGCUGCCUGCGACCCCGCUGCCCUUUUCCGCUGUGUGCUGCAGCACGUGGAAGAAACUUCUGGGAAGCUGCCAGCCCUUGAAGAGCUUGUCGAGUCUUCAGCAGUGCAACCAUUGCUGCGAGUGCUCGACCAUUUCUUCCCUUGUCGUCCCUCCCUCUCUCUGCUGGAGAUUACUCAGCAUCCCUCGCUGAGUCCCCAGCUUUUCCACCAGCUUGUACCGAAGCUCACCCCAGGCUUCGACCCUGUUGGUGCAAGUUCCUACUCUCCAACAAUUUGUUCUCCUUCCUUCGCUGUGCCUCCCUAUCGCCCUCGCUUUCUGCAGGAAAUUGCUCGGCACCCGUCUCUCGGCCCCCAGCUCUUCCACCUGCUUCUGCCGAAGCUCAUCCCUGGCUUCGAUCCGGUUGGCCUGGUGGAAGGCUUGCAUCAAGCAGCACAGCCACAAUCGCUAGAGCAGCACGGGAGUGAGCAGUUAGCAGCGCCAGAAGGGGCUGGAGCAGCAGCAGCAGGGGGUGUGGAAGGUGGGGAGGGGUGGCACCCUUCCGCCAAACUCAACCAAAAAGCCCUACACUACACCAUCCCCACCAUCCAAACGCUGCACCUGCUGCUCUGCGCUCUUGCCACUGAUCUCAUUUGCCCCCUCUCCUUCCUGCUCGUCCCCCUUAACCUCAACCAAGCAGCAAUACCCUACAGCAUGCCCACCAUCCACAUGCUAAAUUUGCUGCUCUGCGCUCUCGCCGUCGACACCACAUGUGCCCCCUCCUUCCCUGUCUUCCCCCUCCCUCCCUGUCUUCCCCCUCCCUCCCUGUCUUCCCCCUCCCUCCCUGUCUUCCCCCUCCCUCCCUGUCUUCCCCCUCCCUCCCUGUCUUCCCCCUCCCUCCCUGUCUUCCCCCUCCCUCCCUGUCUUCCCCCUCCCUCCCUGUCUUCCCCCUCCCUCCCUGUCUUCCCCCUCCCUCCCUGUCUUCCCCCUCCCUCCCUGUCUUCCCCCUCCCUCCCUGUCUUCCCCCUCCCUCCCUGUCUUCCCCCUCCCUCCCUGUCUUCCCCCUCCCUCCCUGUCUUCCCCCUCCCUCCCUGUCUUCCCCCUCCCUCCCUGUCUUCCCCCUCCCUCCCUGUCUUCCCCCUCCCUCCCUGUCUUCCCCCUCCCUCCCUGUCUUCCCCCUCCCUCCCUGUCUUCCCCCUCCUUCCCUGUCUUCCCCCUCCUUCCCUGUCUUCCCCCUCCUUCCCUGUCUUCCCCCUCCUUCCCUGUCUUCCCCCUCCUUCCCUGUCUUCCCCCUCCCUCCCUGUCUUCCCCCUCCCUCCCUGUCUUCCCCCUCCCUCCCGCCUCUAUCUCCCUCCUUCGGGCACCCUUUUCCCCACCGUCCACACCCUUCACCUGCUGCUCUGUGCUCUUGCCAUUGACACCGUCGCCUCUCUCCCCAAGGCUGCCCUCGUCCUCUCUGUCCCUCUCCGUCCCUGCCCCCCUCUAUCUCUUCCCAUCAGGCACCCAUCACCCAACCUCAAGCAAGCAGCACUGCCCUACACAAUCCCCACCGUCCACACGCUGCACCUCCUCCUCUGUGCUCUCGCCAUCGACACCAUCGCCUCCCACCCUGAAGCUGCUCUCUCCCCUACCGGCCCCCUCAGCAAGAGGAUCAACGAUGCCAUCACAGCAGCAGGCGGAGGCCUGUGGUCCAGCGACCCUUUCCUGCUGGUUUAUGGUGCUCUCCGCUCUGUGGCUCAUUUCUUCAACCUCCAACCUCUCAUCGAGGCGCUCGAAACCUUCUCACCGGAAAACCUGAGCCAGGAAGGGGCUACCUGCGAAAAUGGGAGGAGCGGGAUUGACGUGACUGUGGGGCAGCUAUCGGUGCUGUGUGGACUGGUGGAGGCCCUUGUAGGAGCCAUGCUGACUGCGGGAGAGCAGGGUGAUGAGGUGGUAUCGGUUCAGGCGUUUCUCACCCAGGCUGCGGAGUGUGCUAGUGUAUACAAGUACAUCACGGAUGCUGCCCUCAUAUGCCACGCUGUGGCCGUGGGGUGGAGAAAGGACGGCUUUAGUUUGGAGGCAACAAUGGCAUGGCAGCUGGAGCGCUUCCAAGAAGCUUCCUCAGCUGCUCGAGCUGUCAUCCUGCUUAUACUCUCUAAGCUCCCCCAGUCCUCGUCCCCACCUUCCUCCGUGGCUCAUCGCAUUCUUUCUGCUGCCUCUCUCUCACUGCCAGACCCAAGCGCCAUGGUUUCACUCUCUGCGGUUAUCUGUGCGCACCAGUAUCUCUCCCAAUGCAGCUUCCCGGCCAAUCAGGUGCUGCCAGCUGCCAGCAUUUUCCAGUCAGCGCGAGCCAUCUUGGCCGCAGCAGCGUGGAUGGUGGGUGCACUGGCAAGCAGGCCUGGCAGCGAUCUUACCUCUUCUCACUUUCUCCCCAUCGUCUUUCACUCCUUGCAGAGGGACCGUGCGCCCCAAGCCCAGGCCGCAGCAGCAUGGAUGGUGGGUGCACUGGCAAGCAGUCUUCUGAAGCAGCAGCAGCUGCAGCAUGAACCCAGCAGUGGGGACGAGUGCAGUGCGCAGCCCCCGCCAAGCACUGCAGAAUGCUCAAGAGCAGAGCUGCAAGAUUUUGAGCCUGAGGCAUCCUCUCACUCGCUGGCUCGGCUUCUGCGGUCCGAUCAAGGCGAUGAGUCCACCUACCAACCGUUGAUUGAUGCCCUCUUAAUGUCUCCUUCGUUCGGUCACCUCGUGCCUCCUUCCCUUCGUUCGGUCUCCUCGUGCCUCCUUCCCUUCGUCUACCCUCUCCCACCCAAAUUCCCUCCUCUCAAGUAUGCAUUGCUGAUGGGUGUGUUAGUGAUGCCCUCUUUAUAA